GUGGCGCUUCCCGCCGCCCCAUCUUCGGAAACUUCACGGCUGCGAAGCGCAGAGCCCAGCGGAACCCAGGUCACCAGAGGCAGCAGCUUCCAAGGUGGAAGCGGGUCCGGCGGCCAGAGAGCAGAGCUGCGCAGUCUGCUGGCCUCGCCUCCACGUGCGCCUGCCUGCGGCUGCCCGGGACUCCCCGCCCGCGCGGCCCCAGCCUCCCGCCGCCCUGGCCGGGACCCCUGCGAGCCGCAGUCCGCCGCGGGACCACGCUCCAGCGCCCGCGGCCCGACGUGCCGGGAGCACCGAGCCCAUGGAGGGCCUGGGCCGCUCAUGCCUGUGGCUACGCCGCGAGCUGGCGCCCCCGCGGCCCCGGCUGCUGCUGCUUGACUGCCGCAGCCGCGAGCUGUAUGAGGCGGCGCGCAUCGGCGGGGCCCUGAGCGUGGCGCUGCCGGCCCUGCUGCUGCGCCGCCUGCGCCGCGGGAGCCUGUCGGUGCGCGCCCUGUUGCCCGGGCCGCCGCUGCAGCCGCCUCCGCCCGCACCGGUGCUGCUGUACGACCAGGGAGGCCGGCGCCGCCGCGGGGAGGCCGAGGCCCAGGCCGAGGCGGACGACGACUGGGAGGCCGAGUCGGUGCUGGGCACCCUGCUCCGGAAGCUGCGAGAGGAGGGCUACCUGGCCUACUACCUGCAAGGUGGCUUCAGCAGAUUCCAGGCUGAGUGCCCUCACCUGUGUGAGACCAGCCUGAAUGGGCACAGCGGCUCCGGUGCGAGCCCAGGGCCCAGCCCCGUGGUGGGGCUGGGUGGCCUGUGCCUGGCCUCCGACUGUUCUGACGCCGAAUCGGAGCCGGACCGAGAACCCAUGAGCUGCGGGCUGGAUUCGGAGGGCCACACGCCCCCACCAGUGGGGCUGCUGCCUGCCUUCCCAGUCCAGAUCCUGCCCAACCUCUACCUGGGAUGUGCUCGCGACUCGGCCAACGUGGACAGCCUGGCACAGCUGGGCAUCCGCUAUAUCCUCAACGUCACCCCCAACCUCCCAAACCUCUUCGAGAAAAAUGGCAACUUUCACUACAAGCAGAUCCCCAUCUCAGACCACUGGAGCCAAAAUCUAUCCCAGUUCUUUCCCGAGGCCAUCGCGUUCAUUGAUGAGGCCUUGUCCCAGAACUGCGGGGUGCUGGUACACUGCCUGGCAGGCGUCAGCCGCUCCGUCACUGUCACUGUGGCCUACCUCAUGCAGAAGCUCCACCUCUCGCUGAACGAUGCCUAUGACCUGGUCAAGCGAAAGAAGUCCAACAUCUCGCCCAACUUCAACUUCCUGGGGCAGCUGCUGGAUUUCGAGCGCAGCCUGCGCCUGGAGGAGCGGCGUGCUCGUGCCCGAAGCAGCGGGGAGCAAGAGUCGGCCACCUCUGACCCCCCAUCCUUCUUCACCACCCCCACCAGCGAUGGGGCAUUUGAGCUAGAUCCCACCUAGGGCCUGGCCGCCCACGUGGGCACUCCUGACCACCCACGUGCCAGGGAAAGGAAGGCAGGAGGGGUUCAGCCAUAAGCAGGGGGGGGGAGGAUGCUGGGGGGGGGGAGAGCGCAUUACCUCAUGCAGGGGCAGUGGGAAGAAGCCUUGGGGUGGUUGGGGGAGACACCUGUCCCCCCCACUUGAGACACCUCUGGAAAUCCUAAUAAACGUGCCUAGGGGCUGGGCCAGAGCCACUGGCCUGACCCUCCACAUGCCACAGCCUG